AUGUCUCAGGAAGCAUUGAAGGAAAUUAUGGACAAGAAGUUGGAAGAAGCUGGAAAGGCUGCUCCUGAAGACCAGUUGUUUAUGCAUGAUGGGGGUUUAUAUCCUCGCAUAGUCUGUUGUCCCGACACAAUGAAAAUUCUUGACACGUUUGAAGCUCGGAGUGAUGAUGUGAUAUUAGUGGGAUACGCCAAAACUGGUGAGUAUGCAAGAAAUACUUGGAGUGUGUUUGUGUGAGAGAGAAAAUAAUAAUAAUAAUAAUAAUAAUAAUAAUAAUAAUAAUAAAGCAUUUAUAUUAUAAUAUUAAGGUUCUUAAUAUUAUAGCAGAAACCUAGUUGUGAAACAUUUAGUGAGCUCUCUUGGUGAAAGAGUUUUCAAAAGAAAAAGACAAAACACUUGUAUUAAGACAGGGGUCAGCAAACUUUUUCAGCAGGCAGCUGGUCCACUGUCCCUCAGACCUUGGGGGGGGGGAUGGACUAUAUAUUUUUUUCGGGGGGGGGAGAACGAAUUCCUAUGCCCCACAAAUAACCCAGAGAUGCAUUUUACAGCAGAGAAUGUGGUGUCAUGAGGGCAGAUGGUGUAUUUACCUAUAUACAGGCGGUGACCAUUUUGCGUAGGGGUUCUGUUCUUGGCCCUCUCGCAUGUCGGCAGAGCACGCAGAAGCUCGCCCUGUGUUACACCCUGUUACAUUUCAUUACAGGGUGGAUAAAAAUCAAUGGGUUUUUUAAAAAAAAAAUCAGAUUUUUUUCCCUUAAAAAUGAUAUUUAUUCCAAAUUUAAAAUUACAAAAAAACCAAAAAACAGAACAUUGCAAGAUACAAAGAAAAAUUUAACCAUAACCAUAACAGAACAUAGCAUAAAAAGAGAAAAAAAAGAACAAUAAAAUACAAUAAAAAAGACAGAACAAAAAAUAUAGAAAAGCAUUGCAUUAAAAUAGAACAAAAACAAAUUAAACCUUUACAUAACUUUUUCCCUUUACUUAUUUCCUUGACCUCCUCUCACCUCCUAAUUUUGUAUUCUAGUUGAGAUCGUUUUUUUCCAGCAAAUCCUUCCAAUCUUAUUUUCAUUUGCGUAAUUUAAUUUAAAGUGUUAUAAUUAAAUAUCCUCUAUUUCAUCAAUUUCAUCAACUCAUUUUUACUUAAUCCUUUAUCUCAUAUCUACCAAAACUGCCUAAUUUUCUUUUUCCAACAUCUUUCUAACAUUCUUUAAUAUUAUAAUGCUUUUGAAGAUAUAUUUUGAAUUUUUUCCAAUCUUCUUCCACCGACCCUUCUCCCUGGUCUCGAAUUCUGCCAGUCAUCUCAGCCAAUUCCAUAUAGUCCAUCAUUUUCGUCUGCCAUUCUUCUCGGGUGGGUAAUUCUUGUGUCUUCCAAUACUUUCCGAUGAGUAUUCUUGCUGCUGUUGUAGCAUACAUGAAAAAGGUUCUAUCCUCCCUUCGCACCGAUUGUCCGACCAUGCCCAGAAGGAAGGCCUCUGGUUUCUUCUGGAAGGUAUACUUAAAUACCUUUUUCAUUUCAUUAUAAAUCAUCUCCCAGAAGGCCUUGAUCCUUGGGCAUGUCCACCAAAGGUGAAAGAACGUACCCUCAUUCUCUUUACAUUUCCAACAUUUAUUAUCAGGCAGAUGGUAAAUUUUUGCCAGCUUGACUGGGGUUAAGUACCACCUGUAAAUCAUUUUCAUUAUGUUUUCUCUUAAGGCAUUACAUGCCGUAAACUUAAUACCUGUGGUCCAUAACUGUUCCCAGUCAGCAAACAUAAUAUUGUGUCCAACGUCUUGUGCCCAUUUAAUCAUAACAGAUUUAACUGUUUCAUCCUGAGUAUUCCAUUUCAACAGCAAGUUAUACAUUCUUGACAAAUUCUUGGUUUUAGGAUCUAAGAAUUCUGUUUCCAAUUUUGAUUUUUCCACCUGAAAACCAAUUUUCUUAUCUAAAUUAUAAGCCUCCCCAGAUUUUUUUAUUUAAAUUGGAUUUUUAAAAAUUUAAAUGGGAUUUUUUUAUUUAAAUUGGAUUUUUUAAAUUUAAAUUGGAUUUUUAAAAUAAAAUGCUUUUGGAGGUAAAAUCUUUCUAAAGAUAGUUUUCUAUUUAAGUUACAUUAUAGUCCAAAGGCUAUUCAUCAGGAAAUAAGAAUCUGUCUUAAGUUUUUCAUGUGUGCUAAAAGUCAGUCUAAGUUUUUCUUUUUUAAAAAAGUUUAACCACAUCAGUUACCAAACAUGGAUACAUAUGCUAUCAUGUUAUUGCUUUAGUUAAAUAAAUUGUUUAAAUUGUUAUUAAGGAAAUGAUUGUUUUUCUCCUUCCCAUAAUGUACAGCAGAAAAGUUGUCCAAAUAUAAACAGUUAACUUAUUAAACCUCACAAUAAUUUCAUAAUUAACUGUCUAUGUAUUUCUAAUAGUACAACCAAAUCAGUAAUUUUUGAUAUAACUGUAAAAACUACUCUGAAAAUUUAUUUUUCCAAAAAUGAAACCUUCAUCUGGUUGUAAAUAUUAAGAUUAUACCAGCAAGAAUGAGUCUUUCUGUCAAAAUAAAUAAAAAUGAUUUAAAUCAAGUCUUACUGACUAGUGAUUUAAAUCAUGAUUUAAACAGAUUUGAUUUAAAUCAAAUCCACCCUGCUUCAUUACACCCUGGCUCACAGUCAGCUAACAAGAUGCCUAAAUAAAUAAAAAUAUAUUUUACAAGGCACCUAAAACCCCUCAGGGUUGGCAUCAACAAGAUAUGUGAGGGGAGACUGUUCCACAAAUGGGGUGCCCUCUCAUGGGCAACUGUAACAUUGUUUUGUUUUGUUUUUCAAUAUCAAUCUCAAACCUUUUGUUGGCAUAUAGACAAAAUCCCAAAGGGUUCAAUACAAUAAAAUCAUUCUGCCCUGCUCAGCUCCAUCACAACUUUACUUCUUGCAAAGCCCAUGGACCUAGAGAAACAGAGAUAUAUGGGGAAACAUAGAUCUAUAAAGGCAGAAUUCAAAGGAACAGAGUGACAGUGGUGAAAUAAAAAAAUUAAGCCCCAAAGGGGGGGAUUGAAAUAAUAAAAAAGGUCUUAUAUAACAAAUGUUCAUAAAUGUACCAACCAAGCACAUACAUAGAUAUGUGGACCACAUGUCUCGAACAGCACAGGAAGACUGCCCUGAAACCAUUUUGACUCCCAAACUGACCAAAUGUUUUCUCUGCAAGGAGAGAGGGGGUGAGGGAACCUUCCCAUUGUCUCAGGAAGUGAGUAAUCACCAUCUCAAAGGAAUGGCCAGACUACCAGAAAGGCAAUCAGAAAAGGCAUUGUCAGAUCACCUGGCAGACAGGAAAAACAACAACAUUCAAAUUUCUGUUGUAGACCACUUUUUCUGUGAUGUAGGUAUGAUGUUUGUGGGGGGUGGUCUUGGGUUACACCCCUUCUGUGAUGUAUGUAUGGAGGGGUGGUCUUGAGCUCCAGGGAAGGCAAUUUAAAAUGUCUAUAUAAGGGCAGGCACACCUUGGUUCUGGAUCCUCCUCCUUUCCUGCGUGUGAGGAAGGCACCCUGUUGCAACAGUUCAAUAAAGAUCAGGCUUACUAGCUGCUUUGCUUCUCAAUAUUCUCUGGUUGGCCUCUGUUAUUUUCUCCUGCCAAUGGAGAACCUACAACGGACUCUAUAAGGGCUCUUGUUUCCCCCAUAAGGGAAUAAGGGCAGAUUUUGUUUAUUACAGAGGAGACCCUGAUCUGAAUUGGGAGAGGUUAAUGGACAUCAUUCUUAAGUUAGGUCUAGGGGAAAGAACCCCCUAAUCAUCUGAAUCAGCCUCAUUAUCACCCCUGCAAAAAAACAAAAACAAAACAAAACCAAUGCAAACCACUGUACACAUAUGGUCUUAUCUAUGUUGUAAAAGGUAAAGGACCCCUGACAGUUAAGUCCAGUCGCAUACGACUCUGGGAUUGCGGCGCUCAUCUCGCUUUACAGGCCAAGGGAGCCGGCAUUUGUCCACAGACAGUUUUUCUGGGUCAUGUGGCCAGCAUAACUAAGCCGCUUCUAGCGCAAUGGAACACCGAAACCAGAGCAGCGCACGGAAACUCCAUUUACCUUCCUGCUGGAGCAGUACCUAUUUAUCUACUUGCACUUUUUGGCGUGCUUGGCAGGAGGUUGGCAGGAGGUGGGACUGAGCAACGGGAGCUCACCCCACUGCAGGGAUUCGAACAGCCGAUCUUCUGAUUGGCAAGCCCAAGAGGCUCAGUGGUUUAGACCACAGCCCCACACGCGUCCCCAUAGCACCACCUGCUAUGUUGUAUUCCUCUGCAAAACAAAACACCCUACCCCUUUUGGAGUCUCCCGGAACAUUCAAUUUGAUUGUACACGGGUGGCACUGUGGGUUAAACCACAGAGCCUAGGGCUUGCAGAUCAGAAGGUUGGCGGUUCGAAUCCCUGUGACAGAGUGAGCUCCCGUUGCUCGGUCCCGUCCUACCAACCUAGCAGUUUGAAAGCACAUCAAAGUGCAAGUACCGUAGAUAAAUAGGUACUGCUCUGGCGGGAAGGUAAACAGCAUUUCUGUGCGCUGCUCUGGUUUACCAGAAGUGGCUUAGUCCUGCUGGCCACAUGACCCAGAAGCUGUAUGCCGGCUUCCUCGACCAAUAAAGUAAGAUGAGUACCACAACCCCAGAGUCGUCUGCAACUGGACCUAAUGGUCAGGGGUCCCUUAACCUUUACUAUUCUUUAUCCUAUAUGCACACCACAACUACAUUCAAAUUCCAUGGUUAUGAAUCUCGUUUCUGAAGAUCCUUUGGUUGCGCAAUAGUGAUGCAAGGCCUAUGUUACAGUAGGUAUGAGGAGUCUCUUUCUGUGAUUUCUAACAGUCCUUUGGCAUUCCUUCAGGUACUAACUGGGUUGGUCAGAUUUUAAAAGAGUUGGAAGCUGCAUCUGGAAAAUACGAUGAUGAAGAAAUGAAGCGGAGGCAGCAAAUAGAGAAAGAACUAAAAUUACUGCCAUACCUUGAAUUUGGAGAUCCUGGGAAGUUUGAGGUCGGUAUUGGAGAGAAUAGUGCAUAGCUUGAUGCAUUUGAACGACAUGAGAGAUACCAUGUGGUCUUCUCCAACCUACUGCCCUCCAGAAAUAUGCAGUCAGUUUCAUGAGUUAGUGCCAUUGGGGUGGGUAGAGAGAACACAUUGGUGUGGCUGGCUUCCCUGCUUUGAAUUCAGUUUUUCCGUGCUGAAGCUCAACUCAGUGCCAAAGCUCAACUCAGAACCUCUUCUGGGCAUUUUUGUUUGGAUGAGCUUGUAGAAGCCAGAGACAAAAACAAGUGACUUCAGCUGUGCCUUGUCUGGCUUCCUAAUAUUUAAGGCUGCAAUCCUAACCCGAUUUACCAGGGAGUGAACUCCAAUGAAUUCAACAAGACUUACUUCUGCAUAGAAAUGGUUACAUUCAGAGUUAUGUGAAGCAGCUCUUAAUGUGUCAAACUUGUGGAUUAUUCCUAUAGUACAAUCGAACCACCCUGCUAUUUUCGGACAAAGGGAUGUUAACAUUUCUCUUUUUUUCUAACAUGUUACUAAAGAGGUUGAAGAAGUUACCUUCCAGAAGAGUGAUCAAAACACAUCUCAUUCCUCAAAAGAUUCCCAAAUCUAUUUUCCAAAAGAAGGCAAAGGUAAGUUCACUGCUUAAAGUUUCCUCAAUCCAUCCAUCCAUUUAGAAUAUUUAUAUACCACUUCUCAUGAAAAAUUCAUCAAAUUGGCUUGCAUACCAAAAUAUGGCAAUGAACAAACUCUUGUUUCAGAUUCUGGUCAGAAUAAACUUUAGGUUUGUUUCUUUCAUUUUUACAAUGGAAAACUGUUUUAUUCAAAACCAAGGGCAGAAGUUUUUCAGUCUCCUUGUAUAAGAAGGAGGAGAGAGCAGAGGUGCAGCCCAUGAGUCUAAGGUUUGCUGCAGCUUUAAAAAAUAAUGCUAAAGAAUACCUUAGCAUCAUGCCCAGCCACUGAAUGGUUGCAUUCUGCAUGGCAGAAGGUUUUCAGGGUCUCAAGCAGAGGCUUUUGCCAUCCUAAGGAUGGCUUUCUGCUAAGGAGUCCCAUCAGCCAAAGGAUUUACACUUGUUCAAAAAGUCUUUGCCUCUCUCUGUACAUGCCCCAUGUCCUCUCCAAAUCUGCUCCAAAGGGUUGGGGGAAACUCCAGAGUAGUUUAAGGGGGAGUACAAGGAAAGGAGAGGGUGAGGCCUUCUGUUGCACAAGCAGAAAUCCUUGUGCUGAUGGAACAGUGGCUUUGGGGCUACAUUGGAUUCCACCCUGAUGCUGUAAUCCUGUAAAAUUUUUACCUGGGAUUCUGAGGAAUUGACUUCCAUGUUCAGCGAACAAUUUCUAACAAUGAGCUAGGAGCUCAUCUCAUUAUUAUUUUUUAAGGGGUUUGUCCCCUUGUUUUAUACUCUUUCUCUAAACUUCGUCAUAUUAAUUCAUGGCCAAAUACACAAAUAUUUUCAUACUACGGAUUAAAGAAAAAGUUUAGAUGAUUUAUGUUUUUGGUGUUAUGGGUAUGAACUUUGUCCCUCUAGUUUUGCAUAUCUGUUCUGCCUCUUUCUGUUUUGAAGAUCCUGGUUUUGUUUCGAAAUCCGAAAGACACGGCUGUAUCCUACUUCCAUUUUUCCAAAGGCAUGAGCAUCGUCCCUGAUCAGAAAACCUGGGAUGAUUUCUUCUCAGAAUUUAUGAAUGGAAUAGGUAUGUGCCUCUUCCAUUCAGCCUAUUAAAUUCUAGACUAGGUACAACAGAAAUAUGAAUUUGUAAGAAGAAGAAAAGAUCAUGUUGCUCUAAAUUGUGAAUUACAAGAAAACCAAAGUCAUGGUUUUCUCAAGAAACUACAUAAGGCCCAUAGAUGGCGCAUGGACAACCAGCUAAUUGAACAGGUCAAAGUCUUCAAAUAUCUUGGUCUUAUUUUCCAAUUUAUGGGGUCAUGGGGAGCACACCAGAAAUGUGCAAAAGAAAAAGCAUCCCAAAGUGCCAAAAUUCUGACAUGUUUUUUCUACACAAAAGGUGGUAAACAUAUACCAUCGGUCCUGGAAGUGUUCCAAGCUAAACCCCUCGCACAGUUAUUAUACAGGGCUCAGACUUGGACCUUGGAUCUACAGAAGCUGUCCAAUCAAAGUUUUUAAGGCAAUUUUUCUCUGUACCACCCUGUAUCCCAAACGCCUAGAGCAGUGGUGGCCAAACUUGGCGCUCCAGCUGUUUUGGGACUACAAUUCCCGACAUCCCUGACCACUGGUCCUGUUAGCUAGGGAUGAUGGAAGUUAUAGCCCCAAAACAGCUGGAGGGCCAAGUUUGGAUACCACUAGCCUAGAGGCUAGUCUUCCCUCAGUAGAGUUACGGAUUUGGCGUAAAAGACAUAACAUAGGACCAUCAGUAAACAAGAUCCAUGGAAGACAUUUUGAGAAACAUUUUCACAUGCUACCUUUCCAAACAUUAGCUUGCAUAAGCAAAUGUUACUUGUGGAAAAUGAAUUCAGAUUUUACAUAAAAGCCUUUAUCAUUGUCUUAUCAGAGAUUUGUUACAUGAAUAAAAUGUUCUGCUUUCUUCUUACUAGUUCCCUAUGGCCUUUACUUUAAUCAUAUCAUUGAAUGGAACAAGUAUCUGGAUGACAAAAAUAUUAUGUUUAUUACCUAUGAGGAACUAAAAGAGGUAAAUAACACUUUUUAAAAUUUAUUUUUAAUUUUUUAAAGCAUUUCUAAUGGAGAGUGUGUGAAGGAAAUUGAAACAGGAUUUAAAUCAUGGUUUCUGCUCAUCUCUACCCUCUUUGACUGGUAAACAGCUCAUGAAUGUUUUCUUUCAAAAUACAACUUCUGGAUUUGUUAAAUCUUAUUUUGACUGGAUUUCUGUAAGUCACUGAGGACUAUUUCUUCAUAGACAGUUCCAAACAAUUACAGCUUGCAAGGAAAGACACAUCUGGAAACAAUAAUAAGGUCACAUGUUUUUCUGUUACAAAACAUAUUGUUUAGUAGUCAAAGAACAACUGAGCAGGAUUGAAGAAAGUUAUGUGCUGGUUGCAACUCUUGUGUAGAACAAAAACAGGAACUGGGGAUCUGGAAAAGUUUCAUGAGGUCACAGUAUUUUUCAUUUGUGACACCUUUGUUUUCUUUAUCCAGAACACAGCUUUGGGAAUAAAAAAAUUAGCUGAAUUCUUUAAUUUUUCUGUGACGGAACAAGAUAUUCAAUCCAUUACGGAGAAGACCAGUUUCAACAGCAUGAAAGAAAAAUCCCAUGAAACCCAUGGAAAAAUGGGCAACACUCUUUUCCGUAAAGGUAACAUUCUUAUACAGGGGUCAGCAAACUUUUCCACCGGUGGGCCAGAUCGCCUGCGCACAGGAGCAUGGGCACCCGUGCGCAUGCACACAUGCCCGCUGCUCUUUCCUCGCUGGCUUUCAGAGCCAUGGCGGGGAAGGAUGAGGAGGUGUCUGUGGCUUCCUAUUGGCUGCAGGAGUUUCCUGCAGCCAAUAGGAAGCUGUGGCUGCAUCCCAGAAGUCAGUCGCCGUGUGGAGCUAAACAGUGCACUGCCCCGGUUUAGCUCCAUGCAGGGACUGACUGAGUGGGCGGCAAGGGCCAGGGCCUUGGGCUGAAUCCAACCCGCAGCCCAUGGUUUGCCAACCCCUGUUCUAAUAUGUUAAAUUACUAUCAUCAACAGUACAUACCUUGCUUCUCUAGUACGUUUUCUUCCAGAAACAUUGUGCAGUAUGAGAAGUAAGCCUAUAAGUGGAAUGUUUUAAAGUAAAUCUAUAACUGUAGCACAGUCUUAUGACUGCAUUGUACCACUCUAGUAUGUAGAUCGGGAUUGUAUGUUUCAGUGAUGCUCUAUUGAGGGAGAGAAACCACACCUCCGUAGUGCUUCAGUUACAUCAGGUAGAAAGUAGCCUAGAAUCUGUUGUUUUCAUGAAUAUGCCACAAACCUACCUUUCCUCUUGGAUUUCAGGGCUCUGCUUACAGUUUUUCCACAUGAAUUCAUCCACAUAUUUAGUGAAUAUUGGUUGUUCUGUUUUCAUCAUUUACAAUAUAAGUUGUUUAGAUAUUUUUAUUACGUUAAGUGCUAUAGCAUUUUAAUGAUCAUAACCAUAAUGAUAACAAUAAUUUAUUAAAUUUGUACACUGCCCUUCAUCCAUAGAUUUACAAUAUAAAAAACACAAAAUACAUAAUGAAAAUGGGAAUAAAAAUAAGUAUCCUCCCACCCACAACACAUUUAAAAAUGCAUUGGAUGUCAAUCAGCUCAAGGUUUGGUUUAAGUGGAAAGUUUUUGCCUGGUGCCUAAAGGUAUAUAAUGAAGGUGCCAGCCGAACCUCCCUGUGGCGAUCCACUGCAGAAAAUGCUAGUUCUCGUGUUGCCACUCCACAGACUUUUCAUGGAGAGGGCACACGAAGAUGGGCCUUAGAUGAUGAGUGCAGGGUUUGGGUCGGUUCAUGUAAGGAGAGGUGGUUCUUGAGGUAUUGCGGUCCUGAGUCAUUUAUAUUUAUCAUAAUAUAUUUUUGCCUCUGAAGGGCACACUCUCAACAAAACAUUCAUGGUGGAUUGCAGUAAAACAACAACAACAAACCAUCACUACCAACAACGAGGUGUCCAUAAAACCAUAAUCAGUCUGAAACAAUCCCAGGCUGCAAUUGUAUUCAUUCUUACCACUCAGUUUCAUACCACUCAGUGCAACAUUCUUUGGCGCUCUAAAAUAAGUAAGCACAUAUUGCAAGAUGGCAACCCACAAAAGCUCACUGAAAUGAAAUAUUCUACAGCCCUAUACAGGCAUUCACCCAAAUGUGUGUGGGCUGAAAAUCGGCAGGAGACAAUGCAGUAUCCCUGUCCAACUUCCUGAUCAGAGGGGAUCCCAGUCCCAAGGAAGAUGCUAAGUGUGUUUACCAAAACAUAUUAACAACCCCCCUUCAAACUUUCCCUGCUACAGGUGGGGACACCAGGGACUUUGUUUUCCCGUGCACCCUUGUCCCCUCCCGACUUUUAGCCCAUGUGUGUGGUCCCAGACAGCAGAAGAGGGCUUUUGCUGUAACAAGCAGCAAAGGGGCCAAGUGAACCUGACUUGGGGAGCUGCUUUACAUUUUAGGCACCUGAAAAGGUCCAGUUUCAGGGGCCCAUCUGGCGGUAGUUGUGGAGAAUUAAAAGCAGGGGCUCAUUUAAGAUAACACUUCCAUGUGUCUGAUAAAGUGACUCCAGUCACCUAAAGCUCAUGGCACAAUAAAUCUCUCUCUCUUGUACUAUAAUCUUUAUUAUGUUUUAUAUUUGCAGGCAUAGUAGGUGACUGGAAGAGUGUCUUCUCUGAGAGCCAGAAUGAAGAAAUGGAUAGAAAAUUUGAGGAGGCUGCAGGAAGAACUAAGCUUGGAAAGAUGUUGAAGUACGACCUAUAUUGCAAGAGCUAA